UGCCCUAAUUAAUAGAACACAGCAGAGAGAAUGGUGUGGACAAAAGGAGAAGCUGACUCCGCUUGCCAUUGGCUCCAGUUCCACCAGUCACUGGCUCCCCCUGCUGUUGGCCUCCCUGUCUUUUGCCCUAUGGGCACCAGGCUCCACUGCCUCCCACUCAGCGCUCUUCCGUUUGCGCAAAGGAUGGGAUGGAAAGUGCACAACGCAACACUAAACUCCCUGUUAGAAACUGAUGUCUGUCUGCAGCCACGGUCUCUGUCCAAACCAUAGUAGAUGGGUUUUGUGGACAUCUUGGACAUAGCCCGACCAACGCAUGACGCAACAUCAACUUUGAGGACCCUAAGCAGAUUUGGUCAGUGCUUGGCAGGGAGAUCAAGCCACCUUGCCUUCAACUUUGGAAGAAAGUCAGGAUAUCAAUGUAAUAAUAAAAGAAAGACAGACCAGAGUGGGGGGCGAGCGCGCAACGGAGAAGCACGGAAAAGCGAGGACGCUAAACGGGAUGUUCAGCUUUUAAACCGUUCUGCCUACCAGUGUGUUUUAUUAGCAUGGCUCCCCACGCGGGGAAAUAAGGCAGCAGCGUCAUGAUGCGCUUAUCCGAGGUGCAUUACGGUAGCCGGGCUUGUAGCAGUUUGUUUCUCUGCAUUGUGCUUUCCUAUCCCUGCUCGGGCAGGUGGGAGAGGCUGAAACAGCAGCAGCAGCAGCAGCAGCAGGAGCCGCGUGGGACGUCACUGGGUGACCUGCCUUUGCCGGACGGCCCCGCGCGGGAGGAGACUCUCUAAAGGGACGAGGGAUCUCUUUUGUCCUUCGGCGCUGCCUGGAAAACAGACAGCUCCGCAGCUCCGGCGGCAGCCCUUUCCCCGCUCUCCCGCUGCUGCUGCGUGGGGCGGCAACUUUUGCAGGGAGCCCCCUGUCAACUCAUGCCAGAAGUGGGUGUCCGCCUCUCCCGAAGGUCCUGGAGGAGAAAGCAAGGGCGGCCGCUGCCCUCCGCCUCUCCUAGAGAAGGCGGGAGCGAAGCAAAGGGGUUUCAUAACUGGCCAAAUCCCAGAUGGGGAGCAGUGAUAAAAGAGAGAUCGCAAAGUGGGGAGAGUUGGGAGCCGAGAGGUUUGCAGAGUGAGGCCCACCCCGGAUCCUUGGGGCGGGAGGCUUUGCUGCCUGCUGAACCACCCCAGCCCCGCCCCAGAUCUUUGGGGUGCGCUGGGGUGCAGGCCGAGGCGCUGGCUGCCAAUUUCUUGAUUAAGCAGCGAGGCGCGUUGCUACUUGCGAGCGCAUGUAGAGCCCGCCCGCUUUGACUUUGGGAAGGAGUUGGGGAGGGGGGUCCUUGGCUUCCUACUGCUCCAGGCAGGGCCCCUUUCCCCAAUCGGAAGGCGGCUCCAGUCUCCUGGGCAUGGAGGUCCCGGGGAGUUGCGCCGAGCUCCCGCUGCCCCACGACCUGAAGGAUCUGGAGAGCAAAGUAGGGCAGAAGGCCCCCGACGGGCUGCUCCGCUGGCUCAGGGAGGAUCCCGCCGCUCAUCUGCUCCGGAGCAGCCCCAGCCGGGGUCUGCGCCACGGCCUGGGAGAGAAGAUCAAGGCACUGAAGCUGGAGCUGGCCUACCUGAGAGCAAUAGACAUCAAGAUCCUACAGCAGCUAGUAGCAGUGCACGAGGGCAUAGAGGCGGUGAAGUGGCUCCUGGAGGAGAAAGGGACGCUGACCAGCCGCUGCAGCAGCCUCACCAGCAGCCAGUACAGCCUGGUGGAGAGUCAGGAGACAUCCCGGCGGGGCAGCUGGAACAGCCUUCAAGACCCCAAUGACAAGUUGGACAGCAUCUCCAUUGGCAGCUAUUUGGACACACUUGCUGAUGAUAUGGAUGAGUAUGGGCAAAGCUCUUCCAUGGAACCCAUAAUGUCCUCCACCCCGGGCAGGCCACUGGCCAGAGCCGAGCUGGAAAGAUCAAAGACUGACCUAGAGAGGGCUUUUCCUGCCAAGGGUGAGAAAGAGCCGGAGAAAAGCAAAAUGUGCCUCGAGAGGGUCCCCGUUAAAAGCCAGUGUUCAAGUGAGCCAAACAGAGCUGCUGGGCAGUCACCACCAAUGGCCAAUGGGAUAUUGGGCAGAAAUGUCCCAGGGCUGGAGCAAAGCACUGAGAUUAAGUUACCCUUGGCAGCUGCCGAGCAGUUGAGCAGCCCAGCAGCAAAGGCCUUGAGGAGCAGCAAAGUUGACUUGGAGAACUGCAAGUUGAAUAGCAGGAGGCACUUGGAGUAUGAUGCCCAUUGGCAGUGGGUUCAGUCUCAAGAUGAUGUGACGUUCUUGUAGCAUCCCAGACUUGCUGCCUGGGCUAGCAGGUUAUGGGCUCAGGGCCUCAUGCAGCUACAGUAGUUUGCACUUUGGAUUGGACCAUCUGUCUUCCUUGCCAAAAUGGUUGCUUCUGUUUGCUGCAUUUGCUGGUGGACACAACACAGAGUUGCAUGGUUCUCCCUUGUCAUUAACCACCUCUAGGAACAGCUCUUGGGUUGAGCGAUACCUGUUGGAGGGGUUCUUGGCCUUCCAUCACGGCAUCCUUCAGUCUUGUGCAAUAAUGUUUCUAGUCUCUGAGAGAGAUGCUGUGUUGUCAUGUGUGGCACAUCACUGCUUCCACGCAUCCAUGAGGUUUGGAGAAACAUCUUCAUCUUAAGAGCAACGAGGCGCACAUACCUUGAUGCAACCCAUGUGGCUUUCCUUGGGAGAACUCUGCCCCCUAUUCUUCCUGUUCAUGUUAACAGAGAGUUGUUCGUGGGUUUCAGAUGGGAAGCAGAGUCACGCCUUUGACACCACUUCCCCUUCUCAUCUGUUUCAUUAUUAUGCACUUUGAUGGGGAGAUUAUCCCUCCUUUGCUCAGCAAAGUCCCAGGUUUGAGAAAGGAAUGGGGAAAACAAAUUCUGGUUUGUUUGCAGCACUCACCAUGAUGAGCAUUCCUCUCUGCUCCUCGCUGCCUCCACCUGAGGUGGAGCAGAAAUUGGGGGGGGGCAGUAACGAUUCCUACAGUUCUGAUGGGCAUCAAAGGCACUUUGAGAAGGGCUAGAGCAGGAAUGGGGACACUCAGAUCCAGGGGACAAGCACAGACCUCCAGACUUCUCUGUCUGGCCUGUAGGGAUCCCCUACAGACUGCUUUCCCCCAGCUACACUCCUCUGUGGCCACAGCCCUCACCAGUCCUACUUUGCAUCCUCCUUGGGUGUUUUUGUCUGGCUGGAAUGUGUCCUUGAACUCUGAAAAUGCUUCUUGGUUGCUUGGAUGGAGGAUAGAGGUGUGUGUAUUUGUGCCUACUCUGUACAAUGGUAACAUUUACAUUUAUUGCUCUGCCCACUUCUACCCCUGGCUCUUCCCUCCACUGAGAUGUGGCCCCCAGAAGUUUGUCUAGAAGUGCCUCUGUUGCACUGAAGGUGUUCCAAAUGUAGCAUGUUUCUGGGGAUUAUUUCCCUGUCCCCAGUUCCAUGCUUUGAGGGAGCCCAAGUACCUUGGAGGUACACAAACAAGCCCCAGAUCUCUUUCCAAGCUUAAAGGGGGGGGGCAGGAAUCAUGCUUGGAGACAGGACACUGCUUCCCUCUGAUGUUUACACAUUUUACAAGGCCAGCCUUCAUCAGCCUGAUACCCUUCAGAUGUUUCUGAACUAUAGCACCCAUCAUCCCUGACCCUUGCUACAUGCUGGCUUGAGCAAACAGGGUUGUUGUUCUGGAAACAUUUGAAGGGCACCAGAUUGGGGGAAGUUGAUCAAUGAAAAUCCUGAGGGUGUGCUCAAAUGUUCGGGAGGCAGCAUAUUUUCUGGUGUCAGCUCCACAGAGGGACACAGACAGAUAUGCUUCUGUCACUAUCUGCAGGCUGAUAGCCAGGGACCUGGGUUUUCCUCAACCCCAUGUGCUUUGUUUCUGGUGUGGAUUCAAAGAAGUUGACUAGCUUUUCUCCCAUGCAAUUUACCCUGUAGUAAGAGGGAGAUGGAAUUACCUGAUUUUGUGGAGAUGUCAUAAAGCCAACGUUUGACUCCUGCUAAAGCAAAAAUCUAAUCUUCCUCUUUUUUUUAGAAAGGGAAUAAAGGAGCAGGCAGAAGUAGUUUCGGCUUUGUUUAAAUUAAUGGUCCCUUUAACCCACUUUGGCUAAGACUGAAACAGGACCAAUUUUGGACUCUCUCUGAUGCAAAUCCUUCAGUCUCUUUCCUGUAAGGUUUGACAAUUCAUUUGCUAUUCCCUCCUCCUCCUCGCUGCACCAUGCCCCACAUUGCUGCAAUUUUUGACCUGCCAGCAUUGUAGACAAUGUCAAAUUCAUAAAAGCAGGGUGGACAGGUGCUGUCAGUAACGCCAGAUAUCUGUCAGCCUUACAUAAUUUUGCAGUGCUUCUGUUGAGCCACUGUGCACUUUCAUCCUGCAAGUUUCAAAACCAUUUUUCACAGCACAGCAUGCUACAUUCUGAAUCCUCAUGGUAUUUUCUUUGAAAUCCUUUUAAACAUGGCUUUGUAUUUGAGGAGCAUCCAUCUUCUCCCUAGAUUUUCUUUCAGAACCUUGCGUGCCAAAAUGACAUCGGCCAAUCUGGUCUUACCAUCUUUUCUGUGAAGGCUCACUUAAAUUUUCCGUGUCUGUUAUGCUCAUCAUUCUUAAAGGCGCCAGUUCCUCAGCUGCAAUACAACGUUCAGCACUCAGCUAUGCAUGCCGUGUGAUGAAAGUAGAUGUGUCCAGCAUAUGACAGAGUUCACUAUGCAUUUGAAUUCUGGUUUUGACAACAAAGUCACAACGGUCCUCUCCUGAAGGUUUCAACAUAAUUCUAAUGAGGAAAAAAUACACACACACACAACACCUCAAAGUGUUGCAUCAACAACCUUAAGGACUUGUUGUUUUCUCAGGCCGCUAGGAAAACACACAGAUUUCCCAUGUAAUGCUGAAUUGCAAAGGGUGAAAUUACACAGAACCCUGAAUUGUAUAACAGCAACUGUCGCUUUUUUUUUUUAAAAAAAGGAUUCGACUUUGAAUGAUGGGGAGGGGGACUUUAAUCCUUUCCUCCUAUGUUAUCACCCUGAUACUAUUCCUUCCCAAACUGCUACUUUUGGGGGUGGGGAGCAAAAUUUAGAGAGGAAGGCCUUUUUCAUUCAAACUGUGACACGGGGCUGGAAAAGGGUUAGUCCCUUCCCCACAUGCUUGAGUCCUGAUCCUGAUUGCACCACCGGGUGUGUGUGUGUGCAAUUGAAACAGCAUGUUUAAAGAUAAACUACAGUACAUGCAUUUUAAGAACAAGACACAUUUAUUUCAAUCAUGCAAUUGAUGAUGGCCAAUCUAAUUUGACCCCCAAUGCCUCCCCCCGCCCCAUUAUCCUCUUCUGAGCUGCUGUGGGUUGGUACAAACUAUGUGGUCUUAAAAACAUGAAGAAUCCAAACUCAGAAAUGAGAGCAGCAGCAGCAGCAGCAGCAGCAGUGGCUGCCCUCUGUGAAGAGACCUAUAUUGCUUCAUCUGUCAGUUAUAUCCACCCUUAAAGCUUUUUGUAUGCAUGUCAGUAUACCAACAUCUUGGCUUGAAAGGACAAAAAGCCAGCUUUCAGCAGUAGUGUGGGUCAGUGAAUGAUGUGAAGAUUAUGAAUAGAUUCCACAAGCAACGUUGUCUAAUGCCUCUGCCCAUGUUUCCAACCCCAAGAACAAUAAAAUCCUUUAUGCUUCUUUC